AGGAAGGAAGGAAGGAAGGAAAGAAGGAAGGAAGGAAGGAAGGAAGGAAGUUCUAAUGUCACACAUGUGAAGACCAGCUGCCAAGCAUCUCCAGACAUCUUGAUCAGGGUGUCCAAUCUGUUUUACAGGGUGCCAAAGGAGAGCCAGGCAAAGGAGAAAUGGUGGAUUACAAUGGAAAUAUCAAUGAAGCUCUCCAGGAGAUCCGCACUUUGGCCCUGAUGGGACCCCCUGGACUCCCAGGGCAAAUUGGCCCACCAGGAGCUCCUGGUGUACCAGGACAAAAGGGGGAAAUUGGUCUGCCAGGUCCUCCAGGACAUGAUGGGGAAAAGGGACCUCGAGGCAAACCAGGAGAGGUCGGGCUCCCUGGUCCCCAAGGGCCACAAGGAAAGGAUGGACCUCCAGGGCUAAAAGGAGAAAAAGGAAAUGUGGGGACACCUGGGGAGAAAGGGGAGGCAGGACAAGUUGGUUCCCCGGGUCUUGAUGGCCCCACCGGAGAAAAAGGAGAACCAGGUGACCAAGGGAGACCAGGAGCCACAGGAUUGCCCGGCCCAAUUGGGCUCCCGGGAUUUACAGGAGAGAAAGGAGAACCUGGAGAGAAGGGUGAUCCAGGAGCAGAGGUAUCUGGACCACCAGGGCCAGAGGGUCCCCCAGGACCUGCGGGAAGAAAUAUGAUGGAGGAGAAUGGUAUUCUGAGUGAGAAGAACUAA